GAAAAUCUGGUGGCUUCUUGGGAGGGACACGGUGCAGAAGCGUCACGCGCGAAAAAGACAGAAAGGGUCCUCCGCCGUUCCCCCACCCACCAACCUGAGGAACCUUCCUCUCGCCUCACGAGCCAGAGAGUCCCCAGACAUCCCCGACCUACCGGUUAUUAGCAUGUCUUCUUCAGCCCCCACCCUAGAGGGGGAGGAUCUAUCCUCUCAGACCGCCCCUAAGAGAGACCCCGAAGUUCCCGACAAGGAAGAGAGCGAGGAGGAAGAAGAGGAGGACGACGAGGAUGAAGAGGACGAGGAGGAAGAAAAAGAAAAGAGUCUCAUCGUAGAAGGCAAGAGAGAGAAGAAGAAAGUGGAGAGGUUGACAAUGCAAGUAUCUUCCCUUCAAAGGGAGCCAUUUACAAUUGCCCAAGGAAAGGGACAGAAACUUUGUGAAAUUGAAAGAAUACACUUCUUUUUAAGUAAGAAGAAAACUGAUGAACUUAGAAAUCUUCAUAAACUACUUUACAACAGGCCAGGCACAGUAGCUUCUCUGAAGAAGAAUGUGGGUCAGUUCAGUGGCUUUCCGUUCGAAAAAGGAAGUGAUCAAUAUAAAAAAAAGGAAGAAAUGUUGAAAAAAUUUAGGAAUGCCAUGUUAAAGAGCAUAUGUGAAGUUCUUGAUUUGGAGAGAUCAGGCAUAAAUAGUGAAUUGGUAACCAGGAUCUUGAAUUUCUUAAUGCAUCCAAAGCCUUCUGGCAAACCAUUGCCAAAAUCAAAAAAAACACCAAGUAAAGGCAGUAAAAAGGAACGGAGCAGCUCUGGAAUGUCACGAAAGGCUAAGCGUACCAAAUGCCCUGAAAUUCUUUCAGAUGAAUCUAGUAGUGAAGAUGAAAAAAAAGAAAAGGACUCUUCAGAGGAAGAAGAUAAAGAAAGUGAAGAAGAGCCACCAAAAAAGACAUCUAAAAAAGAAAAACCUAAACAAAAAACUCCUUCGAAAAGCAAAAAAUCUGUUAAAAGUGCCAAUGUCAAGAAGGCGGAUAGCAGUACCACGAAGAAAAAUCAAAAUAAUUCCAAAAAAGAAAGCGAGUCUGAAGAUAGUUCAGAUGAUGAGCCUUUAAUUAAGAAACUGAAAAAACCGCCUACAGAUGAAGAACUAAAAGAGACUGUAAAGAAACUUCUGGCCAAUGCUAACUUGGAAGAAGUCACAAUGAAACAGAUUUGCAAAGAGGUAUAUGAAAACUAUCCUGCUUAUGAUUUGUCUGAAAGAAAAGAUUUCAUUAAAAAGACUGUUAAAGAGUUAAUUUCAUGAGACAGAGAUCAUUUAUAAAGGCUGCUGAUUUGGAUUGUUCCCGUGAAUUCAAAGAUCUGAUAAACACCAGCAAAAAGAAUGUAUUUCUUUUUCUAAAUCUUUGUUGGUUAAGCAUUGUGUUAAGCAGAAUUGACUGCUGACUUUGUGUCAUAAGUGUUAUGUAAAAAUUUGUUUGAGUUCACCAUUUUAAAUUGCAUUUCUAUGCAGUUUUUUUAGUUAAGAUUUUUGCAUGGCAAUGAAUGUUCCCUGCUUUUUUUUUUUAUAGUUGUGUAUUUUGUACAUUUUGGAUUUCUUUAUAUAAGGUAAUGGACUCUUGGACUGUUGUAGCUUUUAGUGUGCUUAAUAUUCAUAGCUUGCUAAUGAAAUACUUUUAAUAAUCAAGUAGAACAAAAGUUGUAACUAUUAGCAUCUUAUAUAUGCAGAGUUUGAGUUAUUGCAGUAUUUGGUAUAGAAAAUAUUUUGAAUACACAUUCUGUCUAAUAAUCUAAACUUAGAGUAGUGUGUUCAUUAUAUUCAGGAUAUACAAUAUACAUGCUAUAAAUAUUUGGGUGACUAAAUCUGAACUAUCUAACAUAUACUGCAAAUUAUUAGCAUGAUAAAACAAUUGGCAUAGAUGUUAUUUUUGUACUUUUAAAAAAACAGAUUUGUUGUAUAUAAGGUUUUCAUAUUUCUUUGUGCAAAUCAAUUUUUAAAUCUAUGUAUCUUUAGAAUUAUAACAUGAAGUGUCAGUGUUUUGCCAGAAGGCUAUGAUGGAGCAGUGGAAGUGGACGUUAUGAAGAUAAUACUGGAGGAGUAGUUAAUUUACUCAUUCUUUUCCACUUAGUCCUGUUUUGCUUAGGAAGCAUAAUCUGCCUGUAGCUAGCUUUACAAUAUGACAGCAAAUGCGUUUUAUAUUUCAAGGAUUAACUUUAGCAUAUAUAUAUAUAAAUCAAAACUGCUUCAGAAACUUUGGAGAAAAGCUCAGAAGAAUAUAACCAUGUCCAGCUCAUCAUAAACUUGAACUCAGUUUCAUUUAACUGAUUUUUGCCCACAUAAAAUACAUUACUAUUCACAGGAAACAGACUGCUUCUGUAGUAAUGAUGUAGAAGUUAAAACAAAUGCCAAAUGAAGAUAAUGUAGUUACCUAGUAUUUGUCAGCAGCAGACCCCUGUGACUAAAAGUAUUGCUCAAAGAAGCCAGUAGUGCAUUUAUUUUUACAUUAAUGGAUUGAUAUGUCACAUCAGGGCUGUUGGAGUAUAACUUUUUGGCCAAUCAAGAUGUUAGUUGAUCACAACAGAAGGAUUCAUUUCUCCUGCAUGUGAUUCUUUACGAGACUAAAAUAACACAUUUUGUUUUAUAUUUUAUAUAGACCAUAUCCUAAAUCAUUUUGCCAGAUGAACUUGUAUCUAAUUCUGAAACAAUUUUGAUUUGUUAAAGGGAAACAUUUGACCUUUGAAGCAUUUGAAGAAGAAGCAUUUCAUUGUCUUUGUAUCAAAGGACAGUGUAAAUUACUGAAAUGUUGAGUUUGAAUAGUGUUUUCCAUGUGGCAUACUGGCACUUGUGUUUCCUUUUAAUAGGAAGUUAUAUUUUACUUUUUUCCUUGGAUGACAGUUAUUAGAAUGUUAGAGUAUGCUUAUUAAUUCAGAUGACUGGAAUAAGCUACUUUAAACUAACUUUAAAGCAGAUCCCAAAAUUGACUUCUGAUUUUAAAAUAAAAUUUCAUUUUUUUCCUGUAAAACUUGUCAUUGAAAAAAAUUAAAAUUGUGAGUACUGAAUGUUA